UUUUUUUCUCUCUUUUUUUCUUUUCUUUUUUUCCUCAAUGCAGUCGAAUGUGAUUAAGAUUGUCAUAUUCUGUACGACAUGCAUAUUUCACAUACACACUGACCAGCGUUAAUUGAGGGUGGUCCAAAAACUGCCCUGGGCACCGCAGGCUGGAUGGAAUCCCCCUGAGUCUCCAUCUCGGCAUCUCCAUCUUGCUUUCUCUUUGUCUGUAUUACUAGCUGUCAGAAAAGUGGAGUUGCUGGCCAACUGUUAAUCCUACUAUCCUAGAGUCGAGACCUUUUUGCUAUUUAUUUAACUACUAUUAUUGUUCGUCCGAUCCUACGAUUCCCUCUCCCUCCCUCUCUCUUUUCCCUUUGCCCUACCAAAAAAAAAAUAAUCACCCUCUCCACAUCUCCUCCAAUAUGGAAUCCUCCACAUCCUCCGAAUCAUCUUUCCCCGGUAAUCGUUUAAUUGCCUAUCUUCAAUCCUUGGCUGUCACCAAGCAAGGUUUACCCCAUGGCUUGCCCGUUUGUGUCGCCGCCUCGCAUACUAUCACCACCACCGACGCCCUCGUUCAGCUGGCUUCUGCUGUUGGCCCGCACAUCGCCAUCUUCAAGGUCUUCGCUGACAUUGUUGACGACUGGUCCGAAGAAACAGUCCUUCGUUUGAAAUCGCUGGCAAGAAAACACUCGUUUCUCAUCUGGGAGGGUGGCCGCAUCCUCAAUUCGACCGUCAAUGUUAUUGGAAAGCAGGGCACAGACUCAAGAGAGGUCAAGAAUGAAUUGGUGGACUUGAUACGGAAAAAGUACACCAAGGGAGUCAUCAGACCCGCAUCGUGGGCGGUCAUUGCCACGGCUUGGGCAUCCGGUGUUGCGGUGGACAAUCAGGAAGCAGAUAUCUUGAUCCCCACAUUGAAAGCGGCGGCGAGAGAGACAGUGGCAGACACUGUGCAGACCAUCAGAACAGAGAUCACAGCGGACAGCCCUCCGAAUGGCGAUUACUCUCCCGCUGAAGCCAAGCCAGACCUUGAGCCUCUUUCUCCCCGACAGCAUCUCACUUCGGAUUAUGUUGCAGAGGAAAACGGGCUGGGACUUCCUCUCCGGAAAGCCUCGACGAUUUCUCUUACUCAGACUAUUACACAACACUCAGAGGAUUCCUCGGAAGUGCCCUCGGAGCCAGAGGAAUAUAAAUGGGAGGACAUUCCUGAAGACGCCGAGCAGCAAUCGCCUGUCGCUUUGAACGACGACCUCCCAUCUCCUCCACUCCUCGCACGAGGUCUUGUGCUCUGUCUGCCCUCUGUUACCGACCCCUCGUUUACCCCAGGCUACAGGCAGAGCUGCAUAGCUGCUGCUCGUGCCAACCAGGACUUCAUUUUGGGAUUCCUUUGCAGUGAGCCAUGGCAUAUGAUUUCUCAGCAAGACGAUAUAUUUGAGGUUGAACCCGAAUACGAGCGGAAGAUCCGGACAGCAGAGCGGGUUGAGGACAACCCUCAUUACCUGGCCGUUUUCUCCCUCGUCUCUCACCGAAUGAACAAGCUGAACGGCAAGCAUAUUUCGGAGUAUGACGAGGACAACGACAACGACAGCAACAUCGACGAGCUAUCAAGUCCUACCACCCCUAUGGCAAGGAAAUUUGGAAGCCCGCUGAACCCGAUGGCAGAGAAGCUCCACGCUGUUUUGGAGCAAGCAAUCAAGUUCCGAGAUGCAUCCAGCAAGAGCAAGGACAAUGUGGAACCCGACACUUGUUCAACAAGUGACCGACGGAUUCUGCAUAUCCCCAUUGUGUCACUGCCAUGAUGAACACGCUGCUUUUUUUUUUUUUUAUAUAUAAUAUUUUUUCUCUAUUUGUUUUGACUGUGAUUUUGUUUCAAUUGUUGAUUCCCAUUGCCAUGGACGGCUCGAUCGGCAUAUUAGCGACUGUCAUAUUAAAAGCGUUUUAUAUUUUGGGCUUACUGUUUUCAUUCCACUUUUUUUCGUUCUUGUUCUCUGGCAGAAUGCCUAUGCCAACUUUUGAAUUCGCCACUGGAAAGGAUUCGUUGGUGUGUUUUGACAACUAUAACCAUUAGCUAUUAUCAUCAUCAAGCGAUAUUACAAUAUACCGAUGUAUAUAAACAAAGUGGGCUUUAGAAACUAUCCGUGAUAUUAGGAAUACAGCACUGUUAUCAUUAAUUGCUUCAAUAAUCAAAC